GCCUUUGGUGAGUGAAACUUGGGGUGUUGCUUGCUGGGAAUGAAACCCGGAAACCCAGGGAGGACACUGUCGGGUGACCCAGACCUUGUCAGAUCGUGAGACUCUUGGAAUCCUGUGUGUGGGGAGCAGCGGUAGUGAGUGAAUUUGGAUGUGCCUCCUUUCUUUACCUCAAAACUGAAAAGGAGACAAGCUGCCUGCCCCACUUGAGGCUGUAAGACCAGCCAGGGAAGUGGGGAGCCACUUCUGAAUUCAGAGUAGGACGCACCAAGGAGAUACCUGUGCUUCUGAGCCUGAACAGACUCUGGCUUCUGAGGAGACCCUCAGCCCUCAAACCUGAGCAGUGCUAGGAAGCGGCUCCAGAAUUUGGGGACUCAUUACGCACCCCAACCAUGUUCCUGCAACGGCUUGGUGGCUGGCUACCUCGCCCGUGGGGCCGCCGGAAACCCAGGCCUGACCUGCCCACCCCAGAACCCAGGCAGGUGGACAGCUCCGAAAAUUCAGGGAGUGACUGGGACAGUGCCCCAGAAACCAUAGGAGAUGUGGGGCCUUCCAAGACCAAAGACUCAGGGGCCCGGAGGAGCUCUGGGGCUGCUCCAGAACCAAGCAGGGAGACCCGAGCUGAGCAAUUGGGGAGCAAAAGAAUGGAUUCCCUCAAGAGGGACAAGACUGGCUCUAGCACUCAAGAGUCUGGGAGACUGGAGGCUGCAGGGGCCAUUCCUAAACUGGCAUGGCAUCCUGUGGACUCAGGUGGCACCAGGAGGUCUGGACUGUCCCCUGAAGGGGGACUGAACCCCCCUGGGCCUGAAACACCAGUGAAGAAGCCCGGCCGACAUCAGAAGCUGCUGGGCUGGCUGCAGGGGGAACCAGGUGGGGGAGCAGGGGCUCGCUUGCAGUACCUGGGGGGCCCAGAGGAAUGUCUGCAGAUCUCCACCAACCUGACUCUGCACCUGCUGGAGCUGCUGGCCUCAGCCCUGCUGGGGUUGUGUUCGCGGCCUCUGCGGGCAGCCUUGGAUGCGUUGGGCCUGAGCGGACGGCUGGGCCUCUGGCUGCAUGGGCUGCUGUCCUUCCUGGCUGCCCUGCAUGGUCUCCAUGCUGUGCUGAGCCUGCUUACUGCUCACCCCCUGCACUUCGCCUGCCUCUUUGGUCUCCUACAGGCCCUGGUGCUGGCUGUCAGCCUCCGGGAGCCCAGUGGGAAUGAGGAGGCCACUGAUUUGGAGGGUGAGAAGUUGGGGAGAGAGGGUGAGGAGCAGAGGGGAGACCCAGGAAAGGGGCUGUGACUGCAGAGUGGGGUGUGACCCAGGACCUCACCCGCAGUGGGGUGAGAGCAAGGGUGAAGACAGUGUGGCCUUAGCAGGAGAGUGGGGGGCAUGACCCAGAUUGUAAGCUCAGGGAUGGGGAAGAAACCCUCGAGUUUGAGCAUAGGACCCUCCUCACCCACAGGAGAGAAAAGCUGUUUAGGAUGUCUAGGUUUAUGGACAGUGGAGACAUGGCCCUCAAAUUCACCAGCUGUUUUACAUUUCUCCCACCUAUGGUUUUUUUUUUUCCACCUUCACUUUUUAAAAUAAUAAAAAAAAGUGUGGUGGUGGAGGAUAAAGACUAAAGGGUCUUCUCUAUCUUUCAAGACUUCCCAGGGACAGACAGACCUCUGGCUGGGGUGAAGGGUGGUUGGGAGACCCAAAGGACCCCUUGGAUCCUGGGACCUGAGCCAUCUAGAGAAGACGGACUGUAGGCAGGUGGAUUUGGGGUCUGGAUGGGACACACAAGUGACAGGAACCCUGCAAGGAAGCUCUGGGUGUCCCUGGAAGCCAGAGGGAGUGGGGAUGGAGCAGACGGUAUUGGCAGGAGGGCCAGCCUGGGGCUGGCAUCCCAGACAGACAGUGUGGGGAAGCCCUGAAGCUUGCAGUCCCCACACAGAUUAGAGGUUCCCCACUCAGCAAUAAAUCACUGUGUCACACCAGAUCCUAAAUAUAUCACUACAAAGAGAGUUA